AUGGACAUAAGCAGUUUAAGAAACGUGGUCUAUAAUAAGAUCGGUUCCCAUAUUUGCAACGUUAUAAAGGAAAAUACCAAGGAUAAUGAUCUAUUACUUUUUAAUAAAUCUAUGAUUUUAUCCAAAAAUAAUAUUUCCAUAUUACAAUUAGGAUCCAAUGAAGAUUACGGAACAUAUUUCACAGCAGCUUCAAACUCACCAUUAUUAAGUGCCGUAAGUCAAGGCUCGCGUAGACUACCGAGGGCAAACCAGCCCGGGUGCUUGGUAGGAACUACUGGGAUACCGCGGAGGCAGUCCUUGGGCGAGAAGGAGAGAGGCACUACAGCAAAGCUGCCCACGCACCCUUUACAAGAGGAGAGCUUAAGGGGGGCAAAAGGAAACGUGGUGGACCUCACGUACGACGAAGAAGCAAACACCACAGCCAAGUGCUUCAGGGACAUGUUCAGAGCGAUGAACAGGAGCGUCUCUUUGACGGAGCUGGGAAGUGCAAGCCCGUUCAGGGAAAGGAUUCCGGUCGGGAACGGUGGUGGCAGUGCAGGCCCCACUCGAUCGUCAACCAGCGACUGCACGGCCUCGGGGGCAAACCAGCCCGGGAGUCUGGUGAUGGAUACUGGGAAACCCACAGGAAGUAGAAGAAGCUCGGUGGACAGCGUAGAGUAUGUGUGGGACGAGGAAGCCCAAAAGUCAAUACUGAAAUCAGAGGUAUCAAAUGUGUUCAAAGCUAUCGCAAGAAGCUACUCCUUCACUGGAGCCAAGAAAAGAAAAGUGCAAGACACAUCGUUGAGAGAUAGGGAAGAGGAGAUUUAUAAAAGAAGGGAGUCGUCGGAAGCCUUUGUCCUCAAGGAGGCACUCGAGGAGAUUACUAGGCUGUCAAAAAUUCUGGAGGCUAACAUCGAGCAGAACACCAAGACGGAGAAUAAAAAGCUAGCGGUAGGGAUGACAAAACAUGUGGAAGUAAUCAACAGGCAGACAAUAAGGAACUGGAUCGAGAAACAUAGCUUCGAAGAGGGACCAAAAAUGUUGUAUAACGGGGAAACGCAGACGGAGGAAAACGGCACUUAUGCGAUUACAACGCAGACCGUGGAGCAGGGAACCCAGACGGAGGCGGAGGCCCCGAAUGAGACAACUGAACAGCCAGAUAGGAGGCAGUUGGUGGUACAGUGCGUGCCCCUAAAGCACAAAAUGCCAGAGGGGACAGCCAGAGUGACGUUUACAACAGCGGAGGCCUUCGCGAGAGACUAUCCUGGUGGCGAGAUCCAGGACAGGCGGUCGGUAAAAAAGAGGGUAAUCUCAAGCGUGGGCGAAAAAAGCGUGCAAGAGACCAUAACUACGACAUGGCUUCUUAUACAGGAGAGCGGGGGAGAGUCACUGAUAUGCAGGCAGACAAGACAAGCUUGCCUUGUAGAGAUGGCUGAGAAGACGUUUAUGGAACCUUUUAUUUUUAAAGGGCAGAGACAAAGGUUGGCUUCGUUCCAGUAUGAUGACUAG